UCCAUCCUCUCGUCUCCUCUACUCAGGAAAAGAAGUGAUUUCUGCCAACUUCCGACUUCCGACUGCUGUCUCCCUGUCUCCCUACUGCUAACUUCCCCUUCAGACAUCGCCGCGACUCCCCACUUCGCUUAUAGUCUCUGGGACUGACACUUUGACGCCCAACUGACGUGAAGUGACAGGAACAACGAUCAACAUUCGAGACCCUUCGCGUUGGAUCCUCAUCCAAUCUGUGAUCGAUCGGCCACAUUGUUUCCACAUUUCAGCCUCACAUCAGCCACGCGAUUCAAAUGUUACAAGCCCAUUCGACUGCCAGAACCACCAAAAUAAAGUUCCAACGGCGUCGUUGCAAGGAUCACAACACUGAAGCAAGAGUUGGAUUGGUAUAAACAUAAACACUUCAAAUGUCGACUUUACCUGACACACUGGGGAGGCUACAGGGGACAGAAAGAUGUCAUCGGGAGAGAGUACGACUGAUAGACUCGAGCAUCACGGUUUCUAGGAAGCACACAUGGAGUACAGUAUUACUUAUUUGGAUGGAGCUUUGAUCCUCUUGAUCCUCUUCACGACUCACUCAGACCCGUCCCACGGAUCAUCUUCAGCUGCUUGCAUAGCACCACCGCACUCCUCAAAAAGCCGUUGCAGACGCAUGGACCAGUUAUUGGUUCGGGCUGGCAAGGUACACUGGGGUUGAGCGUCCGAGCACGACACUUUCUAAAUCCUCAGCGACGUUGGAAGAUCUGAUGAUCAUGGCCACCGCCGUUUUGCCACUGCUGAUGGGCCCCCAGGCUGAGAAUAACUUCCUCUUGCUGGCCUUGGUCAAGAGGCAAAAUCACAUAUCGGUGAGAUUGCAUCGAAUCUACUGCUCUGCGCACAGGUAUUUCCCCCCCUGCUCUCUAUCUUGGCUCCUGAUUUCCGUGCUUGAAAAAGGACAUUGCUCGACGGGGUAAUCAAAACAAUGCCAUGGUGGUUGUUGAGGUGAGUGGUGGUAAUUCGCCUCUGAAGAGAACGAGAGUUGUAUAAAGCACGUUAACUUCCUCAAGUCUGUUUUCCAUCUUCAGCAAGUUUUGGUUUGUCUACUAACCACAGUCACUCGUUUCCCUUUGGAUUUGCCUUUUUUUUUCCGACCCGAAGUCACUCUUUCACCACCACCAUGAAGUGGACAAAGUCCACGGCCAACAAGGUCGCGCUGACUUUGCUGGCGGCCGACACGGCCCUGGCUGACCUGCCGACCGUUAUCGAGCCUUGCCCAGAGGCCACCAGCCUUUCGAUCCCACCUAUCACCGUCACGGCUCAGUACCAGCCCGUCUCUACCUGUGCACCUACAACGGCCUGCGUCAAGGGAACAUGUGCUACCAUGUAUCCUCUGUCCACGUUCCCAUUCGUGUCUACCGUGGUUCCCUUCGCCUGGAACGGUACCACUUCUCAGCUCACCACCGUCACCGAUGUUGCUCAGCCAGUCCGAGCCUCCGAAUUCCUGACCACCCUCACACAGGUUACCGCUGCUCCAUCCAUGGACAAGCGUAGCUGGGUCGACUGGUUCAAGGAGAAGAGCAACACUCCCUCAAGCACCACCCUCUACCAGACCGUCACUAGACGCGCAAUGGCUCCUUACAAAGACAUGGGUCCUCUUUGCGUUCCUGGCUGGCGCGGUAGCGGCCUCUGCGACAAGUGCGAGGGCAAGCCCUCUGGCGAUCGAUCGCAACUUUUGGAUGUCACCGAAUGCCGAUUUGGUGUCAACGCUGCCGGACAGGCUUACGAGAAGUGUGUCGAAUGGUACGAGACGGUCAUCGAGCGCCCAGCACCUACAUCCACCGUCACUGCUAGAGCUCAGUGCUCGAGCCAGGGCAAAAUCCCCUCUGCCGGUGUUUACACCUGGACCUUCCCUCAGGUUGCUCCUCCUUGCACAAUUACCGCUCCUGCCACGACUGUUACCGUCACCGUCAACGGCCGACCGUCGAUGCAUGUGAUGCCGCAACAGGUCAACGUGAUCCCAGGAAAGGCCUGGAACGCCUACGUGACCAAGUCCUUCUCUGGCGCAACAACUUUCCAAUUCAACGUCUAUAUCACAAAAGUCAUCAUUUUCAACAUUCCUUAUUUCACACAGCCGGCUGGCAACACUCGCCACAUCCCCGUCCCAACCGGAGGCAACGGUGGAAAGGGUGGCAACUGGUGGCCACUGCCUGAACCAAGCCAGGGUGGAAGUGCUGGCCAACCUUGGGAAGACUGGAACUCGGUGCCAUCCACCACCACCUCCAUGACUUCCACCGGUGGCCCCAUCGGCUGGACCACGUCUACUUCAUCGUCGUCGUCAUCGUCAAAUGGUGGUGGCCCCAUCGGCGCAUCGACGUCCUCGUCGAGCAGCAGUUCCGCCGCAAGCAGCUCCUCGUCAAGCAGCAGUUCCGCCGCAAGCAGCUCCUCGUCAAGCAGCAGCUCUGCAGCCAGCAGCUCCUCGUCAAGCUCGAGCAGUGCCGCCUCUAGCAGCUCCUCUUCUUCCAGCAGCUCGAGCAGUGCCGCAGCGAGCAGCUCUUCCUCCUCGUCCAGCUCCUCCAGCGCUGCAGCCAGCAGUUCAUCCUCAUCCAGCAGCUCUUCCUCGUCUGCCUCUUCCACAACACUCCCAAGCGCCACUGGAACCGGAUUCUACCUUGUCGUCACAGCGACACCUGUUUCCAACGCUAAGCGACAAGCAGUUGUCCAAUACGUCGGGUUUGACUCCAACCAAGUUGGCUUUGCGGUCGACGAAAAGGUGUCUGCUGCGAUUGUUUUCGAAGGCACCGACGGCACUUUCAUCUCAGAAGGCCAAUUCCUGGGAACCAACAGAAUGGAUACUUCCUUCGUCAGACGACUGGCUAAUAUUCCUAACGGUUUCCGUGCCUGGAGCAUCGUCGGCGGAUUGGCUGAACUGGAUGGCGCAACAGGUUUCUGCUUGGGCGCUAGCGGCCGUAUCUUCGCCUACCUUGACCCUGACUCUUGUGACUUCCCAGUCGACUUGGUCCCAACCCCGGUCGAUACUACCAGCAGCACUUCUAGCUCUGCUUCUAGCACUUCGAUGAGCUCCAUGACCAGCACUUCUUCAAGCACGAUUGGAGGCGAGACUACAUCUGCCGCGUCUUCGUCCUCGGCUGCAUCGUCGUCCGCCGCAUCUUCGUCGUCGGCUGAGUCUUCAUCAUCUGCUGCCUCCUCUUCGGCCGCUUCAUCAUCCGCAGCUUCAUCCUCUGCUGCAUCGUCGUCUGCUGCAUCAUCUUCUGCUGCAUCGUCCUCCGCCGCGUCUUCUUCUGCCGCUUCCACCACAUCCAGCGCAGGUGAAUCCUCAUCGACACAGGAAGCCACUACCACCUUCACUAGCACAGCAUCCACCACCAGCUCGGCACCUGCAACGAGCUCUACCUCCGGCGCGCCUAUUUGCAACAUCAACGCCAACAUCUGUCUGGACUCCGACCUGAUUCAAACAAAUGUCGUCGCAACAGAAAAUUGCCCACUUCUCGGUGGUUUGACUUGCACAGUGAACCAGUUGUUGAGCCUUGUGCCGACUCUCCUGCAAUCUAAUCCUAAUGUCUUGACUGUUGUGGCCGCCAAUAACCAGCUCCUGGGUCUUAGCAUCUCACCAGAGCAAGUCCAGGCUGCACUCGUUGCCGGAACGCUUAACCAAGUGUGCUCAGCACUGCAAACCACCAGUGUCACCAUCAAUGACCCAACGUGCCCUGUUCCUUCAAGCAGCUCUUCAACCACAGUUGCUGCCUCUACCAGCUCGUCCUCGGCUGCAUCAUCGUCUGCUGCGUCGUCGUCUGCCGCAACAUCGUCUGCCGCCUCUUCGGCCGCUUCAUCCUCUGCAGCUUCGUCGUCUGCAGCUACCACAACAAGCAAUGGUGGUGCUUCGACAACGGCUGGUGGCAGCCCGACAAGCUCAACUUCAGCCGCCGCUACUCCUGCUUGUGGUGUGCAAGUCGAUCUCUGUGCUGGCCAGACCUUGCAAGACGUUGGCUUGAACGAGGUGACUUGCAACAGUGGCACACCAGGUGUCUUGUGCACCGUCACACAGGUUCUCGAAGCCGCUACCAAUGCUUGUGCCGGUAACUGCCAGGUCAUUGGACAGACCGGUACCGCAGGCGUCGAUCUUGAUGGCCUGACCGGUCUCCAGUCGAUCCAGUCUAUUCAAGCCGCCGUCAACAACUACCCCAACUGCCAGCCUGGUGGACCCACUGUCACCCUCAGUGAGCCAACCUGCCCAGUUACGGUGUUGAAGCGAGAUACCAAGAGAGCGCGAUAUAUGCGCCACUACUAGGAUCCCGUACCCGUACCCGUACCAUUGGUGACAGAUCUCGUGGUACGAGAGAAUGAUUUGAUGGAUUGAUGGAAGAUUUUAUUUCCGUUCAUGGUUUUCAAUUCUGAUUCCCAAACAAUUGUAAGGUAAUAGAUUUUUAUUAGUAUAUUUCAUACCUACCUACCAUUCUAUCUAGCUGUCAAGGACCUCCGAUUGAAGAGAGUUCUUGACUCGGCUCCAAUACUAUUCAAAGUGACACCAUCUG